AGAACAGGUAUACAGGAAGUAUCAUCGGUCGUUUAGUGAAUCGCGUUGCCGAUGGUAAAAUGCGUAUUCAGAAGACAAUCUAUUCGUUGUCGAUCAAUGACAAGUGUAAAAGGGAUCAUAUCCAUGGCGGAUUAGUUGGGUUUGAUAACGUUAAUUGGAAUUCAUAUAUAUUGAACAAACAAGUGGUAGAUCAUAAAUACAACCAAUUGGUUAUUUCUUUUUUCUUUUUUUUUUUAUCAUUCCGUUCGUUCGAAUCUUUCUAAUCGUAAAAAAAAAAAGUAAAAAAAAAUAAAAAACAGGUCAUGUCUCAUCUAAGUCCUGCGGGUAGAGAAGGUUAUCCCGGUUAUAUGUUGACGCAAGUUAAAUAUACUUGGACGGACGAUAAUCAAUUGCAUAUAAAUAUUCGUGCCACUGCUACCGAGCCAACACCAGCUAACAUCACCAAUUAUUCUUUAUUAAAUUUGGCCGGCCAUGUAAGAUUAGCUGCGGGUCCUAAAGAAUUAAAAAAACACGUUGUAACGAUAAAUGCCGAUAGUUGGACGUUCAUGGAUAUAAAAAACUAUUUGCCGACAGGUGCUAUUCGUUCUGUCGAGAAUACCGUCUACGAUUUACGUUUACCGACACAAUUAACCAAAGAAACACUUUAUCGCGUACCAGGAGGAGGUUACAAUCAUAAUCUAUGUAUUUGCAGUCCAAGCUCUUGGUGUUAUCGAUUCCAUGCUAGGAUCAUACAUCCUGAAUCAGGAAGGACUUUAGAAAUUUAUUCCAAUCAUCCUGGCUUACAAUUUUAUACCGGAAAUGAUUUGCCCGAUCCUGAUCUCGUUUAUCCAUCAGAUUGGGAGAAUUAUAUUCCAAAAUUUUGUGACGACAGGGUAUGACAAGAUACUUGAAGUUAUUGAUUUAAACGAUUAGAAAUUUUAACGAAUGAUAAUCAAUCAUACCUUAUGUUCGUUUUAGAAUCAAACAAAUUCGACGAUUUAUGGUAAAGAAGGUGUCCCGUAUCGCCGACACGGAGCUUUCGUUCUAUCCCCACAAAAUUAUCCUAACGCUAUUAAUAUAGAUAAUUUUCCUUCUUGUAUUCUUUAUCCUGGUAAGGUUUACGUCCAUGAUAUGUCCUAUAAAUUUGGUUUGCUAACCAAAGAUUAAUUUAUAGUUGUUUUUCUUUUUUCUUGGUUUCUUUUUCUUCUUCUUCUUUUCUUUCUUUCUUUCUUUUUGUUUUUUUUCUUUUUUUACUGCCAUCGAAGUUCAUCAUCGAAGAGGAAACAUUGAUCGGCUGUACAAAAUUGACUCGGUUUUUUUUUUUUUUUUUUCUUCUAUU